AUGGCAUCAGCAGCGGCGAAGGCUUUCUGGAACAGCCCAGUCGGUCCCAAGACGUCGCACUUCUGGGGUCCCUUGGCCAACUGGGGCUUCGUCAUUGCGGGACUAGUGGACAUGCAAAAGCCGGUUGACAUGAUCUCGCCAAAAAUGACUUCAGUCAUGUGCGUGUACUCCGCGCUGUUCAUGCGCUUCGCCUGGCGCGUGCAGCCCCGCAACUACCUCCUCUUCUCCUGCCACUCCGCCAACGAGACCGUCCAACUCAUUCAGCUCUCGCGAUGGGCCCUCUCAGAACCCGUAGCAGAGAAGCCAGCAGAGCCUGCGGCUGCUCCUGCUGUUGUGGAGAAGGCAGCAGAGUGA